AUGCCAUCGUGCAAACCGAGCAUUCCCGAGGCAUUUCUUGCCAGCAUCCCUGAUGAAAAGCUCAAGAAUUUCAACGAAGGGGAAUAUACUAUUGCGCAAGAUUACAACUAUGGAUUCCGCCUGGAUCACCAAGGGAUGAACGUCGACAAGAACCAGGGCCCGUACGUACAUCGGCUGUAUGUGCAACUUGUAGGAGGCUCAAACUCCAAAGCUGUUGCAAGAAGGAACGGACCCAAGAAGAAUAAUGGCUACGAGGCUCGGUGCCAUGCAACCAACACAGCCGAACCAGACGAGAUAAGGGCAGCGCUCAUGAGGAGCUAUCGGGACAAGAAGUACAAAUCGAUCGGCUAUGCACCCUCAAAGUGA